GUCCGUCCAUGCUCCUGGCGUGAAUCUAGCCGAGUGAUUGUGCCUGAGCGGAAAUCCCACUAAUCAGCAACCACUCAUGACGCUGAUCCAUCAGAACUCCUUGCGCUGCAUGGGCGCUAGGAAAAGGACCCACGAUAGAUCGGCCAUCACGCUGAUUACUACAAAUGCAUCGCACUAACCAGAAGCGCGACGCGGACAGGCGUGGAUGGCCGCCGGGCUCUGCCGAGUGCCACUGCGCAUACUCAGCCCCGGCCAUCGGCUGCCUCUAUAAAUACACCUCCACCUUUUCUUCUCUACUCCAUCAGCCCACCAUAACCCUCCUCCGCCUCCCACCCGCUGCCCCGCGCAUAGCCGCCCGCCUGCAACCGCCCAUGGCCUCCAUCUCUCUCCCGCCCUCGUCCUCCCCCACCCCGCCCCCGCCGGCCUCACGGAACAUCCCCAAAGACUUCCGGUCCUCCCUCGCAGCAUGGUGGUCCACGUCCUCCUACAAGGAGACCCGUGUCGCCGAGGAGAGGCUGCUCAGACGGCUCAGCAUGUACCAGCCCGCUCCCGCCGCAGCGCCGCCCCCGCCGUCGACAGCGCCCGCCGGCGUGCAGGAACAGGCAGGCGGCAGAUCGUGGUUUGGGUUUGGGACGAGCAGCAAGAGUACAAGUACGACGAGCCUUCCAACUCAGACUCACGCUGCAGAAGACGUAGCGCCUCGGCCGCAGCCAGUCGCCUCAAGCUCAGCGCCGUCGUCAGGCCUCGUGGCCACGCUUCGAAACGUAUUCAUCCCCACGCCCGACCCUGCCGACGCCCCCGCGCACCCCGCCGACCCUCGCGACCUUUCCCCGAGCAGCAGUGCCACCUCGUCUGUUCAUGAUCCCACCCACGAAGAAAAGAAAUCCCACCACCGCAAGUCGAAAUACUGCAAGACGGACGAGGGCAAGCUCCGAGACUAUAUCAACACACUGGAAAUCAGCACGCCAGCGAACCAGGAUUCCAAAGAAGCGGUCGUCGUCUUGCACGGGUACGCUGCUGCUCUCGGUUUCUUCUUCCGUAACUGGGAAUCCAUCGCCACCUCUUCUGCCGCCACCUCCCGCCGGACAUUCUUCCUCGACUGGCUCGGCAUGGGCCUCUCCUCCCGCCCAUCCCCCUCCCUCGUCUCUUCCCCCUCCAACGCCCCCAUUCCAUCCCGCGUCGCCCGUGCCGAACACUUUUUCCUCGCCAGCUUGGAAAACUGGCGAGAACGUGUAGGCGUCGAGAAAAUGGUCCUCGUCGGGCAUUCGUUGGGCGGAUAUCUGGCGAGUGCUUACGCCGUGAGGUACCCCGAGCGCGUCUCUGGUUUGGUCCUCGUUUCGCCCGGGGGGAUACCGCAUGGGCCAGAGUAUGUCCGGUACCCGUUGACCGCCGAAUUGUCCUCCCAGACCCGGCAGGCUCAGAGGCUCAGAAGGGAAGGGAGCGAGACGAGCCAGGAAUUGGAAGGGGCGGUGGACGCAGCGGAGAUGGAGCUCGGUACAGGUCCAGGGGGGCGUGGGAGCGGAGGCAAGGAAGGAGCGAAAGGGGAAGCGAAAGAAUGGGAAGAACGACGCGAAGCCUCGGUCGUCCGACGGGGAAUGAUGAAAUUCUUCGUAUGGGGCUGGGAACGAGGUCUCUCCCCGUUCUCCAUCCUCCGCACAGCCGGUCCCCUCGGUCCCCUGUGGGUAGGCAAAUACAGCUCUCGCCGAUUCGCAAAACAGACAGAGGAGGAUGUAAGGGAUUUACACGCGUACAUCUAUGGGACGAGCGUGAUGAAGGGGAGUGGAGAGUAUUGUAUCUCACAUAUACUCGCUCCAGGAGCAUACGCGCGGAUCCCCAUUCUGGACCGUAUCGACCGUCUCAAAAUCCCAGUCACAUUCAUGUACGGUGACAAUGACUGGAUGGACGUACAAGGCGGCCACGAUUCUGCUGCCGCACUGGCCAAAGCGGGCAACCCCAACUGUUCAGUCCACGUCGUACCCGAGGCAGGACAUCAUCUUUAUCUGGAUAACCCGGAAGUGAGCAAUAGGUUGUUGGAUGAGGCCAUUAGGGCUGUGCCAAAGGCUUUUUAGAUGUACCGGGUGAUAGAUGGGGAAUAAAGUGUAUAUAGUAAUCUUCUCUUACAUGUUGUGGAUGAUGGGUUAUAUGUGAACGAGUA